AGAUCAAGUUACUAUAGGUGUAGACACAAUUGCUUGAAUCAUCGCUUAUGGAGCGGUUGUGGCAAGAUCUUUGGUCGCCGACCUACAUGCAUCUUCAGCUUUUCGCACUCACCAGCUUGGUUGAAGCUGAAGCCGAUUAUGGGCCUCCCAGGCGUCUCUACUCAUCAUCCGAAGUCAAACUGCCUACGAUGAUGAUUCGCACCAGCAACUCCAGAUGUCAGAGAAAGAAGAGAGAACGCCGCUGUCGUCUGCUUGCUUCAAGCACGCGCAGAACUACACAUACAGGAUAGUCUCGGAAACCACUUACUCCUCCGAUGAUCUACCUGAAACACAAUGCUCACAACGCAUGAUACACCGCCUUCGUCGUCCCGCAAUGUAGCAAGCGCAUCGCUCUCAGGUCUCUCAACAUUCUUCAUCACCGCCCCCGCUGUAUCCUCAGCAUCUUCAGCUCUCAAUUUUUUUCCCUCCCCGCUGCACACCAUGCGCAUCACAGUCAACAAAGAAGACGUCCGCAAAGCGACCUUCACCGACGACACCGGGCGCGUGCUCUUCCACUGUGAAACGCCCUGGAAGUUCGGCACGCGCCACACCGCGGACCACCGCGGCGGGGACGACGUAGUCGUCGGUACGAUCGACUGGCGAUGGCCCGAGAGCGCGACGUUCACGAUUCGCGGGAUGGUGGUUGAGUCGAAACGGUUUGGUUGA